UGAAGCAGUGAAGGGGCAGUGGGGAGGGAGGGAUUUGGAACAGCCACCCAGUGCAUUGAAGCACACCCCGCCUCAAAACAAAGAGCAAGACGGGCAAUUUCCAGUAAGGAGCUGACAGACUUUGGGAAACACAUUCAGUACCACGGAGGAAGUUUCUUACUUAGCUAUAAGGAUGGGGCAGCUGUGCCAUUAUACAGUGCUCUGUCUGGCUUUCAUGGCAGUGCUGCACAACGCAUCAGCAGGAAGGAAAGGAGGAUCUGUAAGCAAAAAAACCUCUUCCACAAAAACUACGUCUUCUUCAUCAUCUAGUAAAGGAACAUCUUCGUCCUCUGGUAAAAGCACGUCUUCAUCUGUAAAGCCAGCACAGGGAUCCAACACAAAGGCCCAUCAGUACCCUGCUGGUGGAAGUUAUCCAGCUGGAGGCCAGUAUCCCGGACAGGGGGGUGGUAGUCCAGCAGGGUAUCCAAAGCAGUACCCUCCAGCUGGUGGGAGUUACCCAGCCGGAGGUCAGUAUCCUGGACAAGGGGGUUCCAGUCCUGGAGGGUAUCCCAACCAGUACCCGGCAGGUGGCAGCUACCCUGCGGGUGGGAGUUACCCAGCGGGAGGCCAGUAUCCAGGAAGAGGGGGUUCCAGCCCUGGAGGGUAUCCCAACCAGUACCCUGCAGGUGGUAGCUACCCUGCUGGUGGGAGUUACCCAGCGGGAGGCCAGUAUCCAGGACGAGGGGGUUCCAGCCCUGGAGGGUAUCCCAACCAGUACCCUGCAGGAGGGAGUUACCCAGCUGGAGGACAGUAUCCUGCAAGAGGAGGUGUAAACCCAGGAGGAUAUCCUAACCAGUACCCUGUGGGGGGAGGCUACCCAGCUGGUGGAUACCCAGUGAGAACAGGAGGCCAGCCAGGGGGAUACCCAGGUGGUUACCCGUCCAUAGGCGGGGCUUAUCCCAACUGGAACCCCAACAACAAGAUCCUUAGUCCUCGCUAUGGAGGUGGAUUUGGGGGUGGGUUUGGAGGUAAAGGGCAUGGAAUUGGUGGUUCCCCUUUUUCACAUUCGGUGCAGAGCAUGGGUUACGCUCCCUCAUUGAAGUCCAAAGGUUUUGGGAAAAAGGCAGCGCUGGCAGCUGGAGCUGGAGCAGUGGCAGGGAUGGCAGUGGGUUACGGCCUGGGCCACUUCCCAAGGCCCCACAUCAGGUUCAGCAGUCAAGAGGAGCAUCACUACAACCACUACAUGUACCACCACUACGGCACCAAAUCAGCCACCAAAUCAGCCACCAAAUCAGCCACCAAAUCAAACAAAAACGACUAUGGACAGGACAACGUGUUCAAGCCCCCAUCUGAGGCUCAGAGCUAUGAGAAAUACAUGGACACAUGCAUGAACAGAACUGACCUCCUGCAAGACCAGGACACAAAGGUCAGCCACAUCCAGAGAGAUGAUCCCAUCUCUGGAUCUUCUGCUCUUGCGUCUGGCACUCUGGAGAGAAGUGGCCCUGCAGAGCGUGGCAUUAACAACGUCCAAAGAAAUGAAUCCACCCCUCAAUCUCCUGCUCUUGCUAAUGGCACUCUUGAGACAACUGGCCCUGAGGAGAGUGGCACCAAGUCAGACAUCCCAGUGCCUGCAGAGCUCCAGGAGAGCGAUGACAACACAGUGAGCAUCAUGGAGAUUGGGUACCCUGCACUCAUCCAGCAGAUGAAGGCUCGGAAGUGUGUGGAGUUGUAUAUAGUGUACUCCAAGAGCUUCCUGCAGAAGCAUACAGGAGAAAGACCCAAAAGUGACAGCAGAGGUGGCCAAAACGGAUGCUCCUCCUCAGGUCCCCACCUAGUUCUCAUGACCAUCAUUAUGGCCCUUAGCAGCGCCCUCCUGCUGCAGUGAAGUAGCACUGUCCUGCUCAAGCCUCACAGGGACUACAGAACACAUUAAUUUUGCUCCUGUUCCAACACAGUGUUUUUUAAACCAGUCCUUGGGGCUCACAGGAUGGUCCACAUUGUCACACUGCCACAAAUCCUUAUACACCUGAAUCAAGCCAUUAAGAACACCGAACACUGUGUUAUGGAAACUUCUUAAGUCUGAACACAUAUUUUGUCUGUUUAGUCAGCAUGACAACUUAAGUACAUACUGAAUUUAGGACAGCAGCUGUCACAGAAUAACAGUUCCUAACUUUAUAAUCUUAUCAUUAACUCCAGAUAAGAGAACAGUAUUACACAAACAUCCUAACUAGACUAAAUCUCCUAAAUAUUGUCCUUACUUUAAGUCAACCCCACUGGUGUUUGAUUGUAUAAUUAAUAUUCAUAACCAAUUCAUGUAAUAACUUUCUGUGAGGGAGAUUUUAGAGAUGGACAUCUGGUUCCUAUCACCACCACUGUGAACAAUUCUGACUCAGUAAG